CUAAAUGAUUUACGAACCCUUAGGCGCCUUUCCGAUUCAAAAUUCCAAAUGCGGUACCACCAAUGAACCCAGCAGCCCUCCUGCAACACCCUCUUCCCACCCGCACCACGAAAUGCACCACCGGUUGCCCAAUCCUCGACAGCUUCUUACACGGCGGCAUCCCUUGUAACUCAAUUACAGAGAUAGUCGCCGAGAGCGGCUGCGGCAAAACCCAAAUCUCCCUCCAACUCCUCCUCUCUGCUCAACUUCCGACCUCCCUCGGUGGUCUCUCCGCCUCCUCGCUUUACCUCCACUCCGAGUUCCCCUUUCCCUUCCGCCGCCUCCGCCAGCUUGCCCUCUCAAACCCCACGCUCCAAAAUCCACUGGACAAUAUACUAAUCCAUCCUUUACAUUCUGCGGACCACCUGCUCGACUUAUUGUCCCGCCUGGAUCCCCUCCUUGUACACCCACCACCGCAGACCCGUUUCCCUAUUAAACUCAUUGUUAUUGAUUCCAUUGCUGCUUUGUUUCGUUCUGAAUUUGAUAAUAACCCGAGUGAUUUGAAGAGGAGGUCGGGUUUAUUCUUUAAGAUUUCGAGCAAGCUCAAGGCACAGGCAAUGCGGUUUGGACUGGCUGUGGUGGUUACUAAUCAGGUUACGGAUAGUGUUGAUUCUUCGGAUGGAUUGAGGAUUGGGAACUCUUGGUUUCUUUAUUCUUCUGGGAGGAGGGUCUGUGCUGCACUUGGGUUAUCUUGGGCUAAUUGUGUGAAUACAAGGCUCUUCUUAUCGCGAGAUGAGGAAAAUGUUAAAGACGAUGAUGGUGACAUUGUCAAUACAAGAACGAGGACAAGGAGAUUCAUCAGCGUUGUAUUUGCGCCGCAUUUGCCUCAUUCAUCAUGUGAGUUUUUUAUUGCAAAAGAAGGGGUUUUGGGGUUUGAUAGUUGCAAUGACUUCCAUUUAGAAAAUAGAGAGCUCUAAUGAUGCAAAAGGUGAAGAUAAAAGAGGCAAAUCUGGUUUUUCUUCCCUUGUCUCUUUUACUUUAUUUUUCUCUGUUUUGUAAUUAAUGCGAUCGGGCUGAAGAAAAAUGUAAGAGAAGUUUUGCAAUAGACUUGGGAAAAUUUCCCACUGUUGUGGGUUUUGUACAGCAUGUAAAAUUUCAUUUAAUUUGUGAGACAUCAUUCCUCUUUGCUCGAGGUA